UCUCAAUCCCCAAUCAGAGAGGUCAAACCAGCCAGCCCAGCCCAACAAGCUCAGAGCAGCGUGGGGGUGACCGAGGCUCGAGGGGCGCAGAAACCCAUCGAGGCUAAUCAAUCGCGAUUAGCCACUGACAGCCGACUAAACUAGUAGCAGUAGCAAGACAGUCGGUCGAUCGAUCCUGAUCUUGGAAUCGGGAGCCCCAUCCCAAUUAAUUUGACUCUACAGCCCACGACUCCAUAGCUAACACCCCCAGCUUCCCGGAUGCUUCUUUCCUCCUCCUCCUCAUCCCCUCUCCACCAUCUGCUGUUCUUGGCGAGGAGAGGAGAAGACGACGACGACGAGGCGUCGUCCAUGGCGAUGAGCUAUCAGUGAUUCUCCUGCUUGGCUGAUUGACUGGACUUCAGACGCGAUAUCUUCUAAUUUUUCUUUGAGAGAGCACGCGAGAUCCUUGGCAAGGUUUCGAUGGAUCGCGAUCAGGCUGCAAACCUCAGCGCCAUGAAUCCUCUGUACCAGUUCAUGGCGGAUCAGGACGCUCUCCUCGGCAUGGGGAUGCAGCAGCAGCAGAUGCUGGCAUCGGCUAGCAUCCGGCACAUGGACUGGAGCCCGGACACGAUGCUGGACAACCUCACCUUCAUCGAGGAGAAGAUCCGGCAGGUCAAGGACGUCAUCCGAGCGAUGGCCGGCCGCCGCGGCCCGGCGCCGGGGGACCUCGCGCAGCAGCAGCAGCAGCAGCUUGUCAAUGCCGACCUGACGUGUCUGAUAGUUCAGCUCAUCUCCACCGCCGGGAGCCUCCUCCCGUCGCUCAGGAACUCGUCGUUCCUCAGCCGCUCCCCGCCGCCGCCGCCCGCCGGGGCAGGAGCCGGAGCUGGAGCUGGAGCUGGACAGGCGGUCGGUCUCGCCGCCGGGGAGAGCUCGAGCUCGGUUCGGAACGAGGUGAACAGGGAGGAGGAGAUGGGUAGCCCUGACUACGAGGAGCUCUUCAAGGGAUGGACCAACGGCGGCGCCAUGGACGAGUGCAUCGGUGACGACGACGACAUUGCCGGCGGCGAGGAGCAGGGCGUGAAGGCCGACGUGGAGAACCCGCCGCCGGCGCUGCCGGAGACGUCGUACCAGGUGCUGCAGCUGGAGGAGGACGAGAUCCUGGCGCCGCACACGCACUUCUGCUCCAUCUGCGGCAAGGGGUUCAAGCGGGACGCGAACCUGCGGAUGCACAUGCGCGGGCACGGCGACGAGUACAAGAGCGCGGCGGCGCUGGCGAAGCCGCCGGCGUCCGGCGACGAGGAGCGGCCGGAGCUGCGGUACUCGUGCCCGUUCGCCGGGUGCAAGCGCAACCGGAUGCACGCCAGCUUCCAGCCGCUCAAGACCAUCCUGUGCGUGAAGAACCACUACAAGCGGAGCCACACCGAGAAGCGCCACAUCUGCGGCCGCUGCGGCGCCAAGAAGUUCUCCGUCAUGGCCGACCUCAAGACCCACGAGAAGCACUGCGGCCGCGACCGCUGGCUCUGCUCCUGCGGCACCAGCUUCUCCCGCAAGGACAAGCUCUUCGCUCACGUCGCGCUCUUCCAGGGCCACGCGCCGGCCCUCCCGCCGCCGCCGGAGCCCGCCUCCACGGCUCCUCCGCCGCCGCGCCGCCGAAAGCAGGAGCCGGCCGCCGCCGCGGGGGCCUUCACGUGGGGCGGCGCCUCCGCGCCACGCGACGACGGCGACGCGCUUCUUGACGUGAAAGGCAUCAUCGCCGGCAGCGGCGGCGGCGGCGAUGACUUCUUUGCCGCGGCCAGCUUCGGCUCCAUCGAUUUCAGCUUCGGGCAGCUCGACGCAUUUCCGGCGGACUCCUCGCUCGCGAUGCUUCUGCCAUCGGAGCAAUUCACAGAUGAUCGAGAGGAGAACGGUGACAAGUGAGAGCUGCUGCUGAUCAUCUUGCCAUGCUGCUGCUUCUGCUUAUGCUCGUCGACAUGGCAUUGCACUGCCUGACUGGAAGUAGUUGUUCUUCAGAACCUUCAGUUCCAUUUUGUAUCUUAGAUACUCUCAUAUGCACACCUAUAUAUAUAUAUAUAGAUAUGUUGUUGCAUAUUUUUCUGCCUCUUAUUUAUGAAUAAAUUAUGGUAGAGAGUAGCUUGUUUCACUUCACAUUAUAGUACAUACUUUUACUUUAUGAGCUUUUUAG